AUGCAACCCAGGGUAGCAAGGCCGGAGUUCUCCAAUAUCGUGAUAGUAAAGCCAAGCGGGGGCAAAACUUUCGGCAGCACGAAGUCGAAGGUCAUCGGCGACUUCAUCCGGAAAGAGUGGAAGUUUAUACAGCUGAAUAUCAAUGGUUUGAACGUACCUGAACGAAAGACCCAACUGGUACAGCUACUACAAAGGAAGCAGUAUGAUGCCGUUUUUCUCCAAGAGUCCAAGCUCGGUUCAAGGAAUAAAGACCCUAUCAUCAAUGGUUAUACUUUGAUCAGAUUAAACAGACCUAAUGCUCUCAACCAUCGAAGUGGUGGGGGUCUGGCCAUCUACAUCAAAAAUGGUAUAUCCCAUAGUGAGGUUCCUCUGAAAACCAUCGCUCCUCUGGAGGCACAGGCGGUAUCCUUUACCGACAAGUCAAAGUUUUUUUCUAUCGUUAAUAUUUAUCGACCCGAAGUCAAAGGCAAACCUCAGCGAUUCAGUGAAUAUCAGUAUGUUUACGAUCAGUUGCCCGGGACCGACAAUAUUGUGCUUGGUGACUUCAACGCCAAACACGUAUUGUGGGGCUCGCCAACAACUGACACUAAUGGUAGACAAGUUGCUGAGUUCAUUGAGGCCAAUGACCUGGUUAGCAUAAAUGAUGGUAGCAUUACUUAUGUUGGUGCAAUUGCUCCUCUUGGUUCGCAUCUCGAUCUCACAUUAGUAAACAGUCGGUUAGCUAAAGACUGUACGUGGGAAGCAACCAGUGAGACCCUUGGAAGAGACCAUGUUGUCAUUGAAAUCACGCUGUCACGCAAUGUUGUGAAGGAGGAAGUCAUGUCAGAAGUUAUUUCCGAAAUAAGAAGAAUGAUCCACAACUACCAAACCAACAACAACCAGAAGAUUGAAUUAGUAUGGGUUCCAUCGCACGUCUCCAUUCCUGGCAAUGAUCAAACAGACCGUUGUGCCAAGGAAAGUCUGAGUCUGGAGGAUAUCAAGCCUGUAGAAUACUCCUAUUCGGAGUUCUGCAGUAUCGUAUCUUCUAGGAUCAACCAGAAAUGGGCCGACAUGUUACGGAACCUCGACACCGCAAGAUACCAGAUUGAUCCGAAGAUACCAAACCAAACCAAACCAAACCACCCAUCUGUAGCCAUCUGCAAAGUGGCAACCAGACUCCGGACCAACAACGUACUACGAGACCAUCAGUUCAACGCCAUUAAAUGUCGCUUCGGCCACGUUGCCACAAGGUCGCAUGUCUUCAUUCAAUGCACUGAACUGAAACCCGCUCGUCUUCGAGUUUUCCAACAGAUAACAGAUAAUCUAACCAAACCAAACCAAACCAACGACUACCAUUCGACUACCAAUCAACAAGAAAUACCAUGA